GACUGGUUUGGAGAUCUCAGCUCUUGUUAUUUUGCAUUUGUACCAAAGUUUUGGGUGAUGUCAAUUCCAUCCUUAAGUUUCAGAACAGUGUAGAACUGGGACCUGCAAGUAGUGCCCGAGUUCCUUCACUACCCCAUCUCCUUUCAACUCUUUUGCACCAACGUCCUGUAUCCAAUCCAAGUGGAAUUGAUGAUGAAGUUGAGGAAAUAUUACUCUCAGACAUGGAAGAAGAAGAUGAGUAUGAUACACUUCCAUCAAUUCGAAUAUUGACAAAAUCACAGUUUGAAAAGUUAUCCAAGUCCCAGAAAAAAGAUUAUCUGGAUGAGAUGGAUUACCGGGAGACUCUUUACUUAAAGAAACAGUUGAAAGAAGACUACCGUAGGCGUAAAGAGAAGUUACUCCUGAAUGAGCAACAACUUUUGAAUAGUGAUAAUUCUGAUGAUCAGCAAGCUCCUCCAGAGCCUGUUCUGUUACCAGACAUGGCUGUUCCUCCAAGUUUUGACUCAGAUUGCCCUACACAUAGGUAUCGUUGCUUUGUUGCUGAUGACCAGUGGCUUGUGAGACCUGUUCUUGAUCCACAAGGAUGGGAUCAUGAUGUGGGGUUUGAUGGUAUAAACUUGGAGACAACCACAGAAAUAAAGAAGAAUGUUUAUGCCAUGAUUGUGGGACAGAUGAAUAAGGAUAAGCAGGACUUUGGUAUUCAGUCCGAGUGUUCUGCUGCUUAUGUUGAUCCCAUGGGUCCUACUUAUUCUGCGAGUCUUGAUGUUCAGUCGGCAGGCAAAGAUCUGAUAUGUACGGUUCGUAGCAACACAAAAUUGAGAAUCGUAAAGCACAAUAUUACUGACUGUGGUGUUUCUUUGAUGUCCUUUGCAAAGAAGUAUUAUGUGGGUGCAAAGCUUCAGGAUACUUUGUUAGUUGGGAAUAUAUUAAAAUUUGUCAUGAGUGCAGGCUUAAUGGAGGGUUCUCGCCAGGUGGCGUAUGGUGGGAGUUUUGAAGCUGCCAUACGAGGGGGAGAUUAUCCUGUAAGAAAUGACAAUUUAAGUCUAACGGCAACUGUCCUUUCCUUCAACAAAGAGACUGUAUUAAGUGGAAGUUUACAAGCUGACUUGAGGCUGAGUAGAAGCACGAGAGCAACUGUUAGUGCUAAUUUAAGUAGUCGUGGAAUGGGGAAAAUAUGCAUUAAGACAAGUAGCUCUGAGAAUUUACAAAUUGCUUUGGUUGCUGUUUUCUCAGUUCUGAAGGCCCUAUCACGUAAAAGGGGAGCUAACUACACGGGGAAGGAUGUGAGAGACUAGUUUCUGUUUGUUUAUUGGUACCCUCUUCUUGUGUUCAUGGAAGUAGAGGUGUUGAAGCUGUCCACAUGCCAAAUAUCACAUAGAAGACAGUUGGUUAGAAUGGGAUGUUUUUGAAGAGUUUAGCUGGAGUUUUCUUUUUGUUGAUACUUGAGGUGCAUAUUGCCUGUUUUUGGAAGUCUCUUAUAGAUUACCUACCAAAAAAACCUCCACAAGCAGUCAUAGAAAAGAUUCAAAUUCAGGUCCUUUCAGAAUGUGUUGUCAUCUUUUGUUACCUGUACUAGUUCUCCUUAACUACUUGGAUCGUUUUACGCAAUAGAAUCGCAGAGGAUACUACGACACAGUGCAGAGGGUUUUCGUGAUAUAUAGUCGUCCAUCUUUAUAGAGGGUUCUUUGUAAGACGAGUUUCUCACGUGAUUCCCUCCAUAUACAACGAAAUUGAAGGUAGGAGAAAUUUGUAUUCAACCGAUUGGCCUUGUGAGCUUUAAAAUCUAAGGAUCGUGAUUUUGACAUUUUGUCUACUUUACUCGUUAUUAUUAUUAUUAUUGAUUAUUGA